UGCUAAGCAAAAGAUAUUUAGGAACAUAUACAGCCCGAUUCUGAAUAUUCUCCAGAAUUUUUUUCCCGAGGAAAUAAUUUUUCCCAAAAAAAAAAAUCCUCCUAUUCCAUACUUACCGGGAAAAGCAGAAUUAGGGAAAAGAACUUCGAAUUUUCGAAAUCAGCUGUUUGCUCGCUUUUGACAUUUCAAAUCAAAUGUAAAUAUCAACUGCGUUUACAAAAAUUCUCGUAAAAGUGUAAAUUUUCGAUAAAAAAAACAUGUUUAGCAUUGCUUUCCGGCUUUUAAUGCACGAAGAGGAGCAAGAAAUGGUUCCACCAAAAGUAGCAAGAAGAAAUUUGCGUGACCAGGCGAAUCCGCUAGAAUUGCCGGACUCCUUAUUUGUGAAAUAUUAUAGGGUAAAUAAGGCCGCGUUUCAAUAUUUGUUGGAAGUUUUGACGACGCACGUUCUGCCAGCCAAAAAGCAGUUCGCCGUUUCCCCCAUAGUAAAGCUGAGUGGAGUAUUGCGCUUCUUUGCUGAAGGUGGCUACCAAACGGGAGUCGGUAAGGACCACGACGUUUCCGUAGCACAGUCUAGUUUAAGCAAAAUUCUUACUGAAGUGCUGGAAAUCUUUGAGAAGCAUCUGUGCCCAAAGUGGAUUCAAGUAGCAAAGACAGCCGAAGAAAAAAGAAAAAUUGCCCAAGCUUUAUAUGUAAGGCAUGGCUUUCCCGGUGUAAUGGGAUGCAUUGAUGGAACGCAUGUGCGAAUCAUAGCACCCACUGAAAAUAAACAUCUUUACUAUAAUAGAAAGGGAAAUUACAGUUUAAAUGUGAUGCUUCUCUGCGAUCAUGAACUAAAAGUCCGCUACGUGGAUGCAUCCCACCCCGGUGCUUCCCACGAUUCCUUUAUUUGGAAUACAAGCGAUUUAAGAGCACACUUUGAGCAGGAUUACUUGCGAGGAGUAACCAACUUUUGGCUACUAGGAGAUGCUGGUUACCCUUUAGAGCCAUGGCUCUUGACACCACACAGGGUUCCAAACGAAGGCUCUACUGAAAGUAGAUUUAAUGAAGUGCACUCGAAGUGCCGCAACGUAAUUGAACGCACAAAUAGUGUGUUAAAGGGUAGAUGGAGGUGUCUUCUCGGUGCGAGAGAGCUCCAUUACACUCCAAAGAAGGCGGCAAAAAUUGUCAAUGUUUGUUGUGCAAUACACAACAUUUGUAUACAUUACAAAGCAGAUUUCAUUGCAAAUUAUGAACCGACAAUGGACGAUUGCAGUGACCUCAGCGAGCAAAACGCUUUAACACAACCGCAGUAUAUAAAUGCAGCGCAGAGAGUACGAAGCGAUAUCGGGCUGAACUUAUAGAAUUCUGCGAAAAAAUUCCACAUAAAUUUAAACAGUAAGGUAGCGCUAGCUGCUGGGGCUAUCGGCUAUGUAUUUUUUAAUAAAAUUAAUUAAAAAUAAACAAUUAAAUGAAAUUGGAAAACAAAUGAAUAAA